AUGCCAAUCACGGUCUCAAAAUACUCCCUUACUCUCACGGCCUCCAUCGCCAUCUCGGCCCUCAAUUACAGCGGUAUCACGAAAGUUCCACGCAUUCUCACUCUUCUCGCGAGUCCAGCGGUACUACUUCUCCAUGUACUCUACGAAUACGCACAACUCCGAGAGUUGCAAAGACAAACAGAGGAGCUGAGGGCAAAGAACAGACGUUACAAAGCGCAGAAGAUCGCAUUGGAUAUUGCAAUGGAGGAAUUAUGCGACGGAUUUGACGACCUGGAUAACGAGGCGAAGAUUUUGGCGAUCGAAGAGACGAUUAAGAUGCUGCAGGAAUUUGCAGAGAGGACUGGAAUAUUGGAGGACUAG